GCGCAACCUUUCUAGUCAUCGCCGCUCCGGUGAUAGUUUCUCUGUAGCCUGGUGGGAGACUUGCUGUCGAGACAGUAGAUGGGAUUGUUUUUAUAUUUAUAUGGCAAGACACUGGAAAAAUAAUUUCCUUGAUGUUACAUGGAUGGACUAAGCCCAUGUUCCCGGCUGCAGCGCAACAGAAAAAGAAGGAAGGAGCUAAGCUGUGACCAUGGACACUGUACUUCACCCUGUCUCCACCACAGCUGGACAGAUUUCUGUGUUGCUUCUGACUGUGACUUCGUGGACAGUCUUGUGUGCAGAUGUAAAGCAGACAAGAUGGCCAUUAUAUUCCCAGAAGCCAGUUCUUCUUGCCUGGAAUGCCCCAACACAGGAGUGUGACCCACGACAUCGUGUAACAUUAUCUCUGAGCCAGUUUGACAUUGUGGCAUCUCCCAAUGAAGGCUUUGUCCGGCAGAAUGUUACAAUUUUUUACAAAGAGCGCCUUGGGUUGUAUCCUUAUUUUGAGCGUGGUGGCACAGCAGUGAAUGGAGGCCUUCCACAGCUUGCCAGCCUCACUCAGCACUACCAGAAGAUGCCCGAAGGUGUGAAAAAAUAUAUACGUGACCAACAGGCAAAAGGGCUGGCUGUUAUCGACUGGGAGGAAUGGCGGCCACUGUGGAUCCGAAAUUGGGAUAUUAAAGAUAUUUAUCGAAAUAAAUCCAGGGAAUUGGUGGCAAAAAAGAAUCCCACCUGGACACUAGAACAAGUGGGACGAGUUGCACAGCAGGAAUUUGAGCUGUCGGCUCGCAAAUAUAUGUUGGAAACUUUAAGACUUGCCAAGAGUCUGAGGCCCAAUCAGCUGUGGGGCUUUUACUUGUUUCCUGAUUGUUACAAUCAUGACUACAAAGGUGGUCUGACGAACUACACAGGCCGCUGCCCUGUGGUGGAGAUGGCCCGCAACGAUCAACUUAACUGGCUAUGGAUGGAGUGUACAGCACUCUUUCCAUCUAUAUACAUAGGCUCGGUGCUACGCUCUACAAAUUAUGGACGCCUCUUUGUUCGAAACAGAGUGAAGGAGGCGAUGCGCCUAGCUUCUGUUGGGAAUGGGACAGCGCGUCCUGUUUUUGUUUAUACCAGACCUACCUACAUCAGUCAGAUGACCCUCCUAACAGAGACAGAUCUUGUCUCAACCAUUGGUGAGAGUGUUUCACUGGGAGCAGCCGGUGUAAUCUUCUGGGGCGACACUUCAUAUGCGAGCAGCAUUGCAAGCUGCUCCACACUAAACGAGUAUCUGAAGGGCUUACUGGGUCAAUACCUGCUCAAUGUGACCACAGCAGCAGAAGAAUGCAGUGACUUGCGGUGUAAAUCCAACGGUCGGUGUCAUCGUAGAGUACCUGAUAGUGAUGUGUAUCUGCAUCUAAACCCCUCAACACACACAAUCACAAAUGAGGGUGGCCAGCUGAAGGUUACAGGCGCGCCUGGCCAAACCGAGUUGGCUUUUUUCCGCACACACUUCCAGUGCCAGUGCUACAGUGGGUACACAGGUGAGGCCUGUGCUCUGAAAGAAAAAGGGCAGAACAGAGGCUCCUCUGUUAUAGGGACUUGGCCUCUGUGCUUUUUACUUCCAAUAGGACUCUUCACUUUGCUAUCCUGAGCAAACCAAACAUGUCAUGAAAAUGGAAUGGUAAGGUAUUUCACUAUAUUGAUAGUGAUGCAUUUACAGAAAUUAUAUCAUGUGUGAAAAAUCACUACAACUCCUUAUGGCCUCUGCCAUGGUCCAUGCUGACUAUGACCUCCAGAGGAAAGGGUACUGUUAACGUUUAUUACUUUAUAUUUGAUUGUGGGAAUGGCCUCACAGAUGAAUGCCUUAUGAAACAAAUGUAAAUUUGUCUUAUUAUUUAUGUAUUAUUGUGAUAGACACAAACAAUAGAAUACAAAAAACUUAACUAUUAAGUUUUGUUAAAUUUUAUAUUGCUGUUGUCUGUGUAUUGAGCAAACUGUUAAGUGUUGGGACAAAUUCUCUGCAGACUUUAAUACAAUAGGUGCUUUGUACCAGAAGGCCAUAAAUCAUUUUGACUUAUAGAAACAACAUGGCUGGACCUGCCUGUUUCAGUUCACAAAUGUGCCUUAGCUACAAAGUGCACUUUUGAGUUAUGAUUAUUUUGGGUAUUUCUUUCUAUGGUUUUCAUCUUCAUCUCUUCUGAAUCUUUGUGCUUUUAUGCUGACACUAACAUCACAAUGCCUGGUAGAUUUAGUUUAUUAAUAAAGGGAACAUAUAUUGAAAGGCAAAGUAAACAAACAAAUUAAGCCUAAUGUCAGUGUUUGCUUGAUAUGAAUUGUAGCCAAAAAGAAUCCCACCUGGACCCUAGAACAAGUGGAACAAGUUGCAUAGCAAGAAUAUGAGCUCUCUGUUCUUAAAGUUAUGCUGGAAACUUUAAGACUUGCCAAGAGUCUGAGGCCUAAUCAGCUGUGUUAGGGUUGUCAGUAGGUUCUUGCAAAAUAACAACUCUGUACUUGCUAGAUUAAAGCUAGCAGGGAAAUUUCAUAUGUACAGUAUUCUGUGUAUUUAUUGCUACAGCAGUGUUCAAAAAGUAUUUUUCUAUCUGAAAUUAUGACUAUUGUUAUUACUGGAAGGUUUUGCUAAACAAACAGAAAACUGGAGACUCACAUAGAUAAUAUUCUAAACACUUCAAACUUGCACUUUAACCAGUUGUCUGUUGAGGUGGUUCUGGCUUUUUUAUGCACAUUAAGUGUUUUUUUUUCUAAACUGAAUUUAGAAACUUGUAUGUAUACAUUCAGUGCAUUACAGUUCUUUUCUUCCACUCAAUGUGUUAUGUUACAGAUGUGUUUGCUGUGAAUUAUGACUGAAAAGAAAUUAGUGUUUGUUAUAAAAGACAUUAGCUUCCAUGAACUUAAACAAGAUCAUAAUUAUUUAGAAAUUGUAUAUAGUACAAAUCAUGUCAUAAAUUGUUACUUCUCCAGUGUGCAUUCAAGGGCAUCCCUGAACUCGGGUUUCAAAAUGAACUAGAGUAAUCAAAAUAUCAAACUUACAUUUCAAAUUAAGGUUAUAAUUAAACAGUAUUUCCUGUUAUUUUUGGAUGUUUUAUGUUUUAUACAAUAGGACUUUAGGAACUUUCACUGUCAUACCACAGUGUUUUGAGAUUGGCAGAAAUGUGUUUUUGGAUUAUAUAUAUUAUGAUAAUAUUGUGAUAUGGAUAAAAAAAUGAAACUACAUCUAUUUGCAAAUUCAUUUCCAUACAAAUCAGCAAAGUCUGUAUGGUCAUCUGCUUACUAUAUAAAAAGAUGCCUAUGUAUCCUAAAAGUGAUCCUAUUGCAU